CGGUUCGUAGCGGUUCGAGCUGUAACGGUUAACGGCUGUCACGCGUCUCAAGUUCCAUUUCGUUUUGCCGCUGUGUUUCGUUUGCCGUCUGCCGUUCGUCGUUUGCCGUUUCCCGUUUCCCGUUUCGUUCGCCGGCUGCACUUCCAAUGGCUGUUUGUUCCUUAUGAUGGAGACAUUUCUUGUCCUGGGCCUGUGUUUUAUCCUGUACGAAGCAUUGGAUUUCUUUCAAGGCUGCAUCCAUAGCAACACGCCCUCACCGAGCGACCAGAUCGAGGCCUAUCGCCGCGAACUCGACGAACAGCGCCAGCAGCAGCAGCAGGAACAAUUUCUGGCCGGUCUAACGCCUCUGCUGGGCGCACAAUUUGCAGCUGCUGCAGCUGCCGCUGCCGCUGGCUCUCAGUCGACGCUCAGCAGCACGCCCACAGCCUCGACGGCGAGCGUCAUUAGUGAUUCAUACGAACAGGAGCAGUCGCAGUCGCAGUCACAGUCGCAGUCGCAGUCGCAGUCACAGUCGCAGUCACAGCAGCCACACUCGUUGAGCACGCCGGGUCUGUUUCGGCCCGCUGCAUUGGGCUAUUACGAUCCGGAGGAUCCGUUGCAUGCCACCUCGUCGCUGCCACGCGACUAUUACUACCUGCAACAGCAGCAGCUGAAGAACAAGGCCAGCUCGCGAUCGUUGCUAUCGAAGUUCUCCACAACCAAUUCCGACAAUCGCAUCCAUCCGGAGGGCAGUGCCCACGGAGUGCUCGGCGCUCACAACUCGGCGGUUGUAACCACACAGCCGCUGCCCGUGGGUGAGUCGGCCGCCAGCUUGGGACUCUUCGAUUGCCAGCCGCAGCUUUUGCCAUUGCUGCCGACGGCGCCGCUCUUCCUGGAGCUGAAGCGGGCCAUAAUAAGCACACAGUCAGCGACGACGGCGACGACGCGCAGGACUAGCAGAAGGCGUUGCCACCUCGACGAGAACGAAGAGGAGGAGGAGGAGGAGGAGGACGAAGAGGAGGAAGACGACGAGCAGCAGGAACCGGAGACAAUUUGUCCAAAGUGCGUCGAGGAGGAAGUGCAGCAGCAAUACGCCGACGCCGACGACGAGGAGGAGGAGAAGCAACAGCAGCAACUGGAAGAGGACGAACACGAUCGGCUGUCUAGCAACGAUUCGGAUUGUCACGCCGGCGGCGCCAAUAGCGAGCCAAACAUCUGCGCCGCAUCGCAGCUGCUGCCACGCAUCCAUCACAUCGCCAUCGACGACAUUGGCAUCGGCGAGGCGAACCACUGCCUGGCAACUAGUUCCAGUUCCAGUUCUCACGCCGACUUCCGUGAGAUCGAAUGCGAGCGUCUGCGACGCAAGCUCCACACAGCAGCUGCAUGGUGCGGCGCCAUCACUACUAAGCAAAUGUGUGAGCAGCAAUCAAUCAAAAACUUGUAAAGACCAACAACAAUAAAAACAAAUGAAAAAAAAUUACA